AUGAAUAUUUCUCACCCUGAAGAUGUGCCUGAGGAUCCAAGCCAACCACAACAACCUGUUCGUAAACGUCGAAGGACACAACUAGCAUGUAAUUCAUGUCGACAAAGAAAGACGGCAUGCAAUGGUGACCGUCCUUCAUGCUCAUCAUGUAUAAGAAGAGGUGUUCAAGACAGUUGUUCUUACGAAGAAGCAACUGUGGGCUCUAAGGUCUCUAUAAAUGCCGGGAAUUCAUUGAUUAUUGGUAGUCCAAAACAGAAUGUUCACUUUCGAACUAUCAGUCAAUCGACCUCAUCACCGAGUGAGCGGCCAGCUGCAGGAAAUGCACCUUCUCCUGGGAAUGUUGGUGGUUUGGCUAUGGUAUCCGAUACAGAGACGCAAGAUUCUCUUUAUGGAUCAUCAUCAACGAUUGCUCUAGUAUCUCAAGUUCGACAAGCUGCAUCAGAUCAACCAGUAUCGAUCACUGAAACCCAUAGGCCACCGAUUUAUAACCAACCUCGGCCAAAAGUUGAUGUUGAAAUCCUCCACAAUCAAGAUUUUGCAUAUUUCAUAUUACCUCAACGUCACCAGGCCGAUGAAUUCUUGAAUUGUUAUUGGGAAUUCGUUCAUCCCGUAUUCCCUCUUCUAGAUAUUCAAAGCUUUAACGCCACAUAUGAGAGAUUGUGGUUGUCAUCACCGGGAAAAGGGUUAGGUGGAGAUCAACUGAGCGAAACAAUUUUCCACGCUACUCUCAAUCUUGUUUUUGCUUUAGGAUGUCAAUAUAGUAGUGAUGUUCUUCCGCACCGAAAAUCAAGCUAUGCGGAUGAACUAUAUCGGCGAUCGAGAAAGCUGCUGAACUUUGAGAUACUGGAUGCACUGCAUUUGUCUUUAGUUCAAUUAUUCCUACUCACGGGUAUUUAUUUGCAGUCCACGGAUCAUGCUAAUAGGUGCUGGAAUGUGGUUGGAUUGGCUAUUCGAGCCGCUCAAGGAUUGGGUCUUAACACGGAAAAUAACACACAUAGGAACAGCCAAUUGAGUAUUGAGAUUAGGCGGAGGGUCUGGUAUUGUUGUAUCUUGCUUGACCGGUUACUGGCUAUGACAUUUGGCCGACCUACCAUGAUAAGAUCCGGAUCUUGGGACGUUCAGGAACCAGCGAUAAUCGAUGACCAAUACCUUUCAACAGAUAUUCAAGGACUCCAGCCGUUGGAGUUUCAUUCUCGGAUGUAUCUAUUUGUCUAUUCACUCCGAUUGUUCGACAUUAUGGAUGAAAUACUUUCAGAGUUCUAUGUACUCCAAGGUGGAAAGAGUGGAAGUAAUCCUUCCGAGUCUUUUGAUCCUUGGUCGGUGCGUGAUUUGGCCAGUGUAUUGACAAUCAAUGCGAAACUCGAUGACUUCCGCGAGAGUCUUCCUCAAGUUCUCAAAGAUGUCAAUUCUCUCGUGCUUGGAAACAACUCUUUCGCACCUAACCAACUUCAUGUGAUGUUACAAUCAAAAAUUCUACAAAGCAGGUUCUUGCUCGUUCGCAUCUUACUCCUACGACCCGUACUCUUAACAUCAGUUUCUAGAGAGAAAUCCACUCUACUUGCAAAAGCUGAGCCUGGACUUCAGAAAGACCUUGCAAUUGGAGUUUGUACGUUAUGUGUGAAAACGGCUCACCUUCUUGUUGAAACUAUUCAUGAAAAUUUAAAUACUGAGUAUCGCAGCUCAGGAUGGCAUACUGUUUAUUUUGCAUUCGCUGCUGCGACUAUCCUUCUCGCGGCGCAAUUAUCUCCACUGAUACAGGCCAGUUUAUCUACUGAGCAUUCAUUCGAAAUAUCAUGGACGUCGUGUAUCGAAAUAUUAGAGCAUUACAAAGUUCAGAUUCAAUCAGCGGAGCGAGCAAUAGCGAUCUUAGGGGCAUUAAAAGAUAAGAUACAAGCAACAAGACCUCCUAAAGCCGUUACGAACACACCCGGACCCAACGUCACCAAAACUUCAAUAUACCCCGACCCUUCUAUUGCUCCACAAUUCAUCAAUCCCCAAGGACCAAUCCCCCCAGACUUUGCCACAAUGAAUGAAGGACUUUCCGAUGGAGGUAUUGGCAUAGAAAAUAUCUCAAUGUUUGACAAUAGCAUGCAGACAGAUUCAAUGAAUGAUGCAUGGUUUACACAACAACUCUCGGAUUUGAACUGGUUGGAUUAUUAUCAAGAUUCACAGUGA